AGCAAAGAUAUUCACGACUUUGCUUUUAUUUGUCUGUGUAUGAACCAAUUUUUUCCAAUACUUUUGGGCUCAGCCGUUCACACUUCACACCAUUCUUUUCUACUGUUAGUUAUUAUUUAGACAAUUAUCAAUAAUAGCACAUUUUAAAGUUUAUGUCUCAAAAAUAGCAUUAGAAGAAGAAAAUAACAAAAAUGACAUUAAUUAAAGGGUAAAAUCUAACUAUACUAAAAGGCAAAUACUAAGCCUUCUGAGAUGGUCCACGUAGGACUAGAAAUUCAUCCAGUAAGAAAUUAGCGUUCAGCCAUGUCAGCAACGACUUGGUUCAAGUUGGGCUUCGGGUGUAUUUUGCAACCCACUAAGUUCGGGCUUUUGUUUAUUUUGGCCCACCUGUGUUGUGUUGUUACGGAGACGCAGAGACGGCGUAACCCAAAUCCUUCUUCCCCUACCUUUCGACUUCCACCUCUUCCUUUCCCCUGCUCUGCAAAUCCGUUUAGACAAUUACUUCAUCACUAAUUGAUCUAAUCAAGACUUUGUUUCAACUCUUUCAAUGGCUUCUUUUCACCUUCCUUUCAAUUUUUCUAUUUAUAUAUCUAUUUUCUUAACUUAUGUCUCCAUUGAAAUUAUUCUCUCAGAAAAAAAAAACUCAAGACACUCAACCGAUGGAACCCACUGGUAACUCCUCCGACUCCAGUGACCGCAAGACCGGCAAGAAGAUCGUCGCCUCCUCUGCUACUGUGAAACCAAAUGGGAAGUCCAUCGCUUCCUCCGCGAUUGCGACGACUGAUGUUUCAUCUCCUGUUCCGGUGAAACCAAACGUUGCUACCGAUCUCUCCUCCGUGCAUGCAGACCAAGUCAUGUUAUUCCGAGAUGUCUCAUUCGGCCCACGCGAAGCGGAAUUGAGGUUUCGUCUGAUUCACUUCUGGGAGGCUCGAAAUCCACUCACGAAAACACUCAUCGGACAAGAAAUGCUUCUUAUCGAUGAAGAGGGGACUGCUAUUCAAGGUUUUGUUCCAGCCGGACGGGUCGGGACCUUUGAUCUGACAGAUGGGGUCGUGUAUAAGCUGAAAAACUUCUUCGGGUCCAGAAGCAAAGUUCAAUAUCGAGUUGCUGAUCAUAUCGCCACCGUCUCAUUCACCUGGAAUUCUGAUUUAGCGGUUCUUGAUAACCCUCCGGUCCCAUUUCCAGAGGAUAGGUUCAGGUUCCACGGCUAUGAGGAGUUUAGGGCCAACUGCGACUCUAAGGGUGACCUUUAUGAUUAUGUUGGCCAUAUGAAGCUGGUGAAUGGGCAGACUAUCUCUGACCAUAUUGUUCUUGACGAGGUUGACAUCUCAGAGAAGCGGCAUAUAUGUGUUCAUGUUCAGACACAUGAUGGACCAGUGAUGAAGCUCUACAUAUGGGACAAGGCUGCAUCCGACUUCUGCCAGAAAUUCAAAUCUUAUGGAGGCACCCCAAGCGUUCUGUUAGUCACCACUGUGAACCCCAAACACCUUGGAGGAACACUCGCUCUCACUACAAUGUCAUCAUCUCGAGUGUUCAUGGAUGCUGAUGUCCAGCCUAGCAAAGAUUAUCUUGAAUGGUUGAGCUCUAACUCGGACAUUGCUAAUAGGGUUGCUGCUGAGGUCGUUACCAAGCCUGAGACAGUGACUCUAGGGGAGAUAUUCUCUUACAUCAAGCAGGAAGGUUCUAAGGUUGCUUGGUUUGAAUGCACAGCAACUAUCGAUGAUGUUGUCCAGGGUUCUGCCUGGUAUUACGUUUCUUGCGGAGGAUGUAAUAGUAAGGCAGUAAAAGGGCCUACCUCUCUGAUUUGUAACAGCAAGAAAUGUGGGAAAAGGGAAGUUACAGGCGUUCCUCAGUACCUCACAAAGAUCUCUGUUUAUGAUGAGAGUGAGCAAGCAGUUUUUGUUGUACUUGGUGAUGCUGGCAAAGAGUUGACCGGGAAGCAUGCGUCAGAAUUAGUUGCCAGUUACUUUGAGUCCAAUGCUGGUGUGGAUGCUGACCAUUGUGUGCCGGUGCCGCAAGCUCUACUUGAUGCAAUAGGGCAGAAGCGCAGAUUCAUUGUGAAGGUUUCUGACCAUAACUUGACAGGCAAGACUCAAACCCUGACUGUCACCAAGAUACUCCCGCCAGAAGCUCCACAGCCCAUAGAACACUUGGAAGAAAAGGCUAAUCCUUCAAAAGGCUUCGAAGAUGCUGCGGGUGAUAUGGUUAGGAAAGCAUCUGAGCGUCUUGAGUCAGGAGAAGCCAAGCGCCCCAAGAGUGGCUAAAUCAGCUUCAGACUAUUCUCUCAUGCAGUGAUUGUUAUUGCUGCGUUUAAUUUCUGUUUUUACGUUUACCUAAAGACUAUGCUUUCUUUCGUUUCAAAUAUCAGACUUUGGUUCA